ACAAAGAGAGAGUGUUUCUAAAAUUGUCUCAUAAGUAAAACCACACAAAUAAAACUGUUUUGUUGGUGGUUAGAAAAACUUUUUGGCACGUUUAAACCUGUGUAGAAAAUAUAUUGGUUUUAUUUAUAACAUUCAAUUUAGAAACACACGUGUUAUGGUCGAAUACACAGUUGACAAGUGCGUGACAGUGUCCGAGUAACUUUCCAAGCACAGAGGAGGGUUGCAUGAAUUUUUCGUGACGACAUUCUCGAGAUAUAAAUAGCGACAGAGAAGAUGAAUAAAUGAAAGCGUAAACCGAUCGACUCGGAUCGCUUUAAGUUUUCCCCGAAAGUUUUCGAUCGAUUUUGCCGCGCGAAUGCGCAUAACGUGGCUCGAUGCCGCUCGCGUUCUCGUAAUAGACGCGGAAAUGAAUCUCGGCAUUCUCGGCGAACGUUUGUCGUUCGUCGCGCGACGAACGCGAGCAACGUGACUUCCCCCGAGGAAUAAUCCUCCGACUCGUUUGGCCGUCUUCCCCAGUUUGAUCUUCGUCGACAGCGUAUCGAAUGUCAGCGAUCAUCGAGCCGGUCUGCCAUGAGGCAAGAGAUUCGAAGCAGGUGGCUGUGACGGAAGCAGAUGUUUUUCUUGAUGUUUAGAAGUUAUCGCCUGAACGUUGUCACGAUGAGAAUAGCCAAGUCCACUAUCGUCCUCCUGACUUUCGUGCUGAUGCUUUCUAUUUUGGUGGCCAAUGUGGCUGAUUUUAUCAACGUCGAGUCAUAUCCCUCGUACGAGACAUUCAGGGACAAUAAUGGGAUGGCACAAUCUUCUGAUUCCAAAUAUCCAAAGUAUUAUAAUAUAGGAAGGUCCUAUGAUCGCUUGAUGUGGUUCUUACAGAUAUCUGACUUACAUCUAAGUGUAUUUAAGGAUGUAUCCAGAAUAUUGGAGCUUCAGGAAUUCUGCAAUGUUACUGUAGAUUCAAUAAGGCCUGCAGUUGUUGUGGCUUCAGGAGAUUUAACUGAUGCCAUAGCUAGUGACAGAUUGGGUUCUAAGCAGAUACUUCCAGAAUGGCGUAGUUAUAAAUAUGUGAUGGAAGUAACUAAUAUUAAAGAGAAAACAUUGUGGCUGGAUGUCAGAGGAAAUCAUGAUAACUUUAACAUGAUCAGUCUUGACUCAAAGCACAAUUAUUACUCAAACUAUUCUAUUCAGGGAAAGAAACAUCCUAGAUCCUACAUGUACAAUGUCAAUGUUGGUUCUGAAACGUACUCGUUUAUUGCUGUUGAUGCUUGUUUGAAACCAGGCCCUAAGAGACCAUUUAAUUUUAUUGGCGUUUUAGACCAACACGAGAUUGACAAGAUAAAACAGUUGAUCAAACAAUCCAAAGAAAGCAAGGCUGAUCAUGCAAUUGUGUUUGGUCAUUAUCCUACAUCGUGCAUAGUAUCUCGGGCCGAUACAGACAUCAGGAGUCUGUUAAGUAGUUACAGAGAAAAUAUGGCAUAUCUAUGUGGCCAUUAUCACACAUUUGGUGGCACAAUGCCAAAUAUGUAUACUUUACAAAAAGGGGGCUUCCUUGAACUGGAAUUGGCAGAUUGGAAGGACAAUAGAAUGUAUCGCCUCGCGGCAAUAGAUCACGGCCAGUUCUCAUUCAUUGAUAUAAAGCACAAUGACUGGCCUGUAGUAUUAAUCACCAAUCCGAAAAACGCGCAAUCUAGGAUGCCGCAAAAAGAAAACCCGAAAUCCGUUAUUACAUCCACGCAUGUCAGAGUGUUGGCGUUUUCCACGGUUCCGAUAAAAAGCGUCGAAAUUCAAUUCGACAAUCAAUGCGAUUGGCUGCAGUGUGAUCAUGUAAAAGGUCCUCUCUAUGUGUUGCCAUGGAAUUCGACAGAGUACACGGAGGGUAUUCAUCACAUAACAGCACGUGUAAUUGACAUGAAAAAUAGAGAGAAAAUUGUAUCACAUGAUUUCUCUCUCGACGGAUCGUUUUUAUCGUUUCGAAUUUUGCCCAAAUUAAUACUGAUGUACAGCGUAGUUCACAUUUUCCAGAUAGCGUUCUUUAUUCUAUUGGCAAUAAUGAUAGUGCCAUUGUGCUUAUUACGCUUCAUUCAUAUGUACAGGAAACGUAGACGCAUGUAUCGACCACGGAUACGUAACAGAUUCUUGCAUUGGGUGGUGAGAAAAUUGUGGGUACUGUCCACCGUUGAUAAAGUGUUUUUUACUUUGAUGCUGUACUCGUUGAACAUGGCUAUCGGUCCGUGGAGCGUAGGAGAGGUAAUUGACGGUCAUAUAGGCGCGAUCUUCGUAUGGGGAAUAUACGUUGAAAAUAGUUACCUACCAGGUGGUAUUACGUACUUCUACGGAUACAUCCACUUGGUUAUUUUCAACUUCCUGCUUACGAUUAUUUUAGCGGUUCAGGCUGACCGUAGAUUGCAAGAAAUUGAACAUCCCGCGGGACAACGCGUGUCGAAAUUCUGUUUGGUUUGCCGCUCCGUGCCAAUUUGUCUAUUACUUCUUGUGCAAGUCGUGUGGACCUAUAUUUUCUAUUUGGAAUACGGUAUAUUAGCGGUGCUAUUAUGCCCAUUACGAACCGGAAGUAUUUUUAUAGCGAUUGUACUAUACGUAUACGUAGAAACAAUGCCUUCCUCGUGCUUGAGCUCUGCUGCAGCUAUGUGGUAUCGUCGUGAAGCCGUCAAUGGAGCUGUUCCUGGAGCUAUUUAAUACUACAUUCACAAAUAGAAUUUAUAAAUAACAAUGAUAGCAGAGUAAUACGACUGGAGAAAAUAUUGAUAAACAGAACAAUGUUUCGGACAAUUUGAUGUAGAUUUACAGGAAAGUUUCGAAUAUAGAUUUUUUAUUCUACUUCAUAUUUUUCAAGUAGAAAUAUAUCGCGUGAGAGUGAGAAAUGGGAAUGAUAAAUGUUAGAAAACGGAGUUAACUUUAUUUUUUUUAUGUGAUGUUUCAAUAAUCUUGUGAAUACUGUGCGCAUUUCAUAAUCAAGUCAGUAUUCUUUUAAUAAGUGCCACAUUAUUUUACAAUACGUAUUUUUUUUAUUUUGCAAUAUACUCAGUAAUUAUUAUAUGAUUACAAAGUUACAGGUUUAUUUUGUAAUUAUUUAUUAUUUACAAAUAAUGCAAUAUGAUACUCUCAAGCACAUAUUGUAAUGUGAUAAUUAUUGUUGAUGUAAUUUUGCAUUAAUAGUCGCUACUACUACUUCCAUAUACAAUAUAUUUUAAAUUCAAAAGUUCCUUUAACAAAAUGCUCUCAUCUUUUCUCGUUUACAACAAGAAAUCAGAUUUCAGAGCAUUAUUGAAGCAAAGAGAAUAUUUAUAUACUGUAAAUAUCAUUCUGUUAUAGUGUUUUAUCUUUUUCUGGAGAAAUUAUAGGAAUGUUAGUUGUUAUAUAUUAAGCGACAGAAUAUAUUUUGUUUUAUCAGAAGAGCUUUAAAAAGUGAAACUAUACUGUAAUGUUCUCGUUCGGAAGCCGAGUGUGUGCCGGUCACGCUUUUCUGUGUGUGACGGUAAUAUUUUUUCUACUUCUCUAUAAUAUACGCAAGGUCCACACAUGGUAUUCUUUUCACACGGCAGUUACUUUAGGUAAAUUCGAGAACAAUUUCGCUAUAUUUAUUUAUAUGUAUUAAAUUGUUUUACUGUAGCACCACACAUACACACGACAUCGCAAAGAUGGCCAAGCAAUAUAAAAGGUGUUAAUAGAAAAGAAUUUUAAUAGACUGUUUUUUUGUUUGAAAUAAAUAAUGUACAAAUGCAUCAGUUCACUGACAAUCAUAUAUAAAUCAAAAAGUCAUGCUGUAAAAAACAGCAAUUUGAUUCGAAAGUUUUGUGCCAUAAUGUGUGUAAACUCGAAAUUUUGGCUAUCUUUGAUAAGAGUGCUAACAGAAACAAGUGAAAGUAACACAUUGUUCUAUUAAAAAUGUGAUUACAAAAUGCUAUCAAAAAUAUGAUCAAACAUAUAUAAAAUCAUGUUAGCAUUUGGUAGUCUAUGUGAAACAAUAGUUAACAAAUAAAAAUCUUACAACAAUA